UAAACAAUUUUACUUUUUGAGUGGAUUGUAGGUGGAGGUUUGAAGCUUCACAAUUUUGUAUGCAUCUGAAAUAAAAAUCAUUCACCUAGGAGUAGGAAAACUAUUAUUUCGAACGAAAAAAAUUUGGUAUUGUGAGAACAGUAAGCCGCUGAACUUGAGAGUAUUCUUGAGUUCUUCUAAAUUAUUUUCACUUUACUCUGUCCUCCAGUUCUCAAAUACCGGUUUGAAAAAUGAAUGGUUUUAUUGACAUAUCUGAAAUAUAUAAUUCAACUGUUACACACACUGUUCACACAUUUACACGAUCACGAAUGAAGAUCACAGACUUCUAUCACUUUCUACCACAACGCACUAAUUUCACUAAUAACAAUUGUUUAAAGAAUCUUACUAAAAUAAUUCACUCUCAAUAUGGAAAUCUGGGCCCCACAUACGACCUCUAAAACUCACACUGUUGUGCAUCGUCCUCAAGUUAUCAACAUUUUUAAUUGGACAAAGUUAUAAAAGAGAUAAAUUCUUGAUAACCUUGUUUAAAUAUUUGUGAGGCAAAUGAGCGUUCAUUCAAAAUGCAAUUUUUUUGAGUUAGUCCAAUCUUAAUCUUUCACAGAACGGUUCACAACUAAAAAUUUCCUUCGUUGAUCCUCAAAAAGGACCUUUGACUCGCUAAUCUGGCCCGAGGUGAUAGUAGUGAUAAUUGGUAAUACAAAGUGUUUGAAUUUGGCGCUGUGUUGUGACGCAAUACUGAAGAUAAAGUUAAAUGUUACUAGAAGACAUUUUAGUGUACAUGCUUUCCUACAAGUAGUGCUUAUUACGAUUAUAAAAUGGAUUACUGUGCUGUUUUCUUGACGUUUUUUCUUUGGAAAGUGACAAUAUCUUGUUCAACAUCAACAACGGAAACAGCAAAUACAGUCGAUAUAAAUGCAUCAGAAGAACUUCCACAACAUAUAAUUAAGAUGGGAGUUGGUUUGGAAAAAAUUCCUCAAGGAUCAUACCACGUUAGGUCCAUAAAUUUUGGUUAUAACCGAAUCAGAGAACUACCAUCAGCAAUAUUUUUUACCAUGGGUUAUAAAUCUCUUCGCAGAAUAGAACUUUGUCAGAACAAAAUAUCCAUGAUCAAUCAAAGAGCGUUCAGAGAACUUAGACAUCUGAAGAUUAUUGAUCUAUCUGGGAAUAACAUCAGUGGCAUCGAAAUUGGCACCUUCAAGUGUAAUCCGAGGUUGGAAAAACUCGACUUGUCUCUAAAUAAAAUUGGUUUUCAUCCCGACAAACCUUUUUUGAAUUCGCCUUCUUUGGAAACUUUGAUAUUAACAGACAACAAAAUCGAACAAAUAUAUGAACUAACUUUCUACAAACUACCAAAGUUGAGGAAUUUGAUGAUGGACAAUAACAUAAUAUUCUCCAUCGAAGCAAAAAGUUUCGUACCAUUAGUACAUCUCCACUACCUAUCAUUAGCUCAUACGGGGGUGUACAGGCUAAGCGAAACCAUGUUCAAAAAUGAGACAUAUCCACGAAUUAUUGACGUUACAGACACACCUCUGUCGAAUAAAUUCUACCCUCCCUUAAAAAAAGUUAGGAACGAAGGUGUGGCAGAACUAAUUAACAUCGAUAGCUAUUUUUAAGAAACCAUAAAAAUCUUCAUAUUGAAGAUUUUGUGACAGUAACCUGAACAAGGCAAUGGUUGAACAUUGUCAGAGACUGACUAUUUGUAAAUCUUUACCUCAGAACCACAUAGUAUUAUAGAAAUCAGAAAGAUAAGGUAUUUCGUUGAAGGCAAAUCUGAGGUAAAGGUGUUUUUGAAGAGUUCAGAGUACAAUAACGUAGGCAACUUUUUUAUAUAUGUAUUGUAAAUAUGUGUGAAUGUGUUAGUGAAUAGACAAGACAGUAAUUUUCAAUGUGUACGUGAAUCUUUAUAUUAAAGCCUUCACAGCGCUCAGACUGGAUGUAAUCAUAAAAAUAAGUACAGUGAAUACAAAAUGAAAUGAGAGAUAUGAUGUGUAGAAAUGUAUAAGUUAUUUCUGUUAUGUGUGAAUUACAUACAAAUUUUGAUAUAAAAAACAA